CCGAAGAGUAGAAACUGCAAACACUCCAGUAUCCCAUUCACCAAAGCUAAGCCAUGGUUAUCAAAUCAGUUUUUCUCAUUCUUUCGGUGGCAUUAGCUGCCAUGGGUUUCCCAUCGGACAAAAUCGUCGGUGGUCAUUUCGCGGAGGACAAUCAGUUCCCGCACCAGAUUGGACUUUUCUAUACGGGCAACUUUCGCUGCGGUGGCUCAAUAAUCGAUCAGCAAUGGGUGCUCACUGCCGCACACUGCGUUUUGGACGGAAUCAAUAAGAUUCCUCCGAGCCAGCUCGCGGUGUACGCCGGAUCGUCAAACCUAGCCGGAGAUGGACACUUUUUCGAAGUUGAGGACACCUUUGCUCAUGAAUUGUAUGGUGAAUUCCAACAUGAUAUCGCGCUCAUCAAGCUGAAGGAGAAAAUCGAGUUUGACGAAAGCAUGCAAAAGAUUGAAUUGAACACUGAAGAACUGGAGGAAUCGGAUGCGGUUACCAUUUCCGGCUUUGGACGCAUCGGUACGGGCAUGGACAUUUCGGAACAGUUGAAAUAUGCCACUAUGUACGUGUUGCGAGAAAAGGAUUGCUACCAAGCCGCCGGUUUCGUGAGCAAGGGGUUGAUCUGUUUCAACAACGCCGUUGACAAUGGAGCCUGCAAUGGCGAUUCUGGCGGUCCCGCUGUUCAUGACGGGAAACUAGUUGGUGUAGCCAACUUUGUAAUCUCCGCAUGUGGAACUCAAUAUCCGGAUGGGUACGCGAAGGUUGCUUACUAUGUCGACUGGAUCAAGCAAACCAUUGAAAGCUAUUGAUUCUACAGUUUCUAUCGAUAUCCAUACAAAACUCAAUGAUACGUUCAUUACAUGAAACAGGUGCACAUGAUUUAUUCAGGUUUUGGAAGAUGAUAAAAUGGAAUCAAAUACAUAAAUGUCGAGUGUAA